GGGGAGCGAGGCUCGGGCUGCUGCUGCUGCUGCUGUGUGGCUGCUCCCUGACGCUCCCUGGCAGGCUCGGUGCCGGCUCCCUCGCCCGCCCGCUGCCAGCCUGGGAAAGUGGGUUACAGAACCGGGGAGCUCAGCUCAGACGCCGGCGGAGGAGCAGCGGGGAGACGGGGCAGGAACCCCCUGCUUUGGCCUUCUCUUCACCUUUUCUAGAGGAUUUUAGAUUUGAUCGUUCUCUCUUUUUCUCUCCUCUGACUUUUUCCUCCUGCUUUGGUUUUAUGAGGGCUUUGUUAAGUCUUAGAGGGAAAAGAGCCUGAGCGAGGCAAAGAGAGAGGCAAAGUGGAAAGGAGCACAAACUGGCAGAGCCUGUUCCGCCCUCGCUGUGGACGCGAGCCCUCUGUCUGUAAAGCCCUGUCCCCCACGAGCUGCGCGCACACACCCUCCGGAGUGCACGGGGACCCGCGACCCAGUGCGGCCACCAUGGUCGGGAGAGUUCAGCCUGAGCGGAAACAGUUGCCGCUGGUCCUACUGAGACUGCUCUGCCUUCUUCCCACAGGACUGCCUGUUCGCAGCGUGGAUUUUAACCGAGGCACGGACAACAUCACCGUGAGGCAGGGGGACACAGCCAUCCUCAGGUGUGUGGUAGAAGACAAGAACUCAAAGGUGGCUUGGUUGAACCGUUCUGGCAUCAUUUUCGCUGGACAUGACAAGUGGUCUCUGGACCCCCGGGUCGAGCUGGAGAAACGUCAUUCUCUGGAAUAUAGCCUCCGAAUCCAGAAGGUGGAUGUUUAUGAUGAGGGUUCCUACACUUGCUCAGUUCAGACACAGCAUGAGCCCAAGACCUCCCAAGUUUACUUGAUCGUGCAAGUCCCACCAAAGAUCUCCAACAUCUCCUCGGAUGUCACUGUGAAUGAGGGCAGCAAUGUGACCCUGGUCUGCAUGGCCAAUGGCCGUCCUGAACCUGUUAUCACUUGGAGACACCUUACACCAACUGGAAGAGAAUUUGAAGGAGAAGAAGAAUAUCUGGAGAUCCUCGGCAUCACCAGGGAACAGUCAGGGAAAUAUGAGUGCAAAGCUGCCAACGAGGUCUCCUCAGCGGAUGUCAAGCAAGUCAAGGUCACUGUGAACUAUCCUCCCACUAUCACAGAAUCCAAGAGCAACGAAGCCACCACAGGGAGACAGGCUUCACUCAAAUGCGAGGCUUCGGCAGUACCUGCACCUGACUUUGAGUGGUACCGUGAUGACACCAGGAUAAACAGUGCCAAUGGCCUUGAGAUUAGGAGCACAGAGGGCCAGUCCUCCCUGACGGUGACCAAUGUCACUGAGGAGCACUAUGGCAACUAUACCUGCGUGGCUGCCAACAAGCUGGGGGUCACCAAUGCCAGCCUAGUCCUUUUCAGACCUGGGUCGGUGAGAGGAAUAAAUGGAUCCAUCAGUCUGGCCGUACCACUGUGGCUGCUGGCAGCAUCCCUGCUCUGCCUUCUCAGCAAAUGUUAAUAGAAUAAAAAGUUAAAAAUAAUUAAAAAAAAAACACACAAAAAUGCGUCACACAGAAUACAGAGAGAGAGAGAGAUGGGAGGAGACCGUUUAUUUCACAACUUUGUGUGUUUAUAAAUGAAGGGGGAAAUGAGAAAAUGAAAAGGAACUACGACAUUUAAAACAAUUUUGCAGCCCAUCAAUACAAAUUGAAGCAUAAUUCAGGGUGGAGAAAGUUGUACCAGGAUAUGUUUAUACGUACCAAGCGAAUGUAUGCUGUGUAAAGACUACAGCAUGCUAAGGACAGCCAGACGUGGCAAAAAUAAGACAAGUAUCAGAUGGGUAUUAACCCCCUCUGCACACUAUCUUUUCUUCCUUCAUCCUUUUUCAUCUGUGGGGGGAAAAAAAUAUAAGGUCUUGCCUUUGGUGUUUCUAUUUCCAUAAUCUUUUUCUUUUGUUUUUCAUUGAGCUGACCUGUAACCCUUUCAGACUAUUCAGUGGAAUCUUACCUGAGCCUCUCUCUGAUCUGCCUGCCUCCACUAUCCUUCCAACGUUUGAGGUCAUCCUCUGUCCUGCAGUGUGUUCCAUCUUGCCCACGCUGAACCCAGACAGUCCCUUCCAUCUGCCUCCCCUCCCAUCUCUUUUCAGGCCCGCACCCCAGAGCGCUGGUCCUGCCGCCAGUGCUGGGAAGUGCCCUUCUGAUUUUCUCCACUGUGCGUGUGUGCUCUGUCUUUCGCUCUCACGUGGGUGUACAUGUGCGUGAGUGUGUGUGUCUCUCUCUGAAGCAUGCUGAGGGAAUGGUCCAUGUGUACAUAGACUCAUUGUGCUGUAGAUACCGUCCUGCAUUGUAAUCGUGAGACGCGGCUGUUCCGAGUUGCUGGGGGAGAUGGCGGGGAAGGAGGCAAGGAGCAGAGUCUCUCCCCCAUCCAUGGCUGUCACAUAGCAUCAGUGUGUACUCAAACCAAGCUGUGCCCCUUCCAAGGGCAGGACCCCGUGUUCCUUCUAGCUCAUCAUCAGAAUCCAGUGGGGAGUCACUCAGAGUAUCACUGUAAAUGAAAGUGCCUACUAUCGAUGGGGUGAGCAAAGAGUAGCGUGAAUCAAUGCUGCAAACAAGGUGACCUGGGAGAGAAGGCUGCACAUUUCACUCUUGUUUCUCGGGCCGGAGGGGUUCGUGUAUCUCCUGGCUGUUUACAGGCUGGGCCCUGCUCUGCCAUGACUGUGAGAGUGUGCAUACCUCCAGAAACAAGAGGGUCCCCAAGUGUCAACUCCCAGUGGCAGAGCAAUGAGCCACUUGGAGAUAGCAAGCAGCCCUGUUUUGCCUCCUCCCUAAUCUUCAAACAACAUUGCCUUUGCCCUGUGGAGUCCCCUGAGCAGAGAUUGCUUCCUAUUUUAGGUAAAAUACAGUGAAAGUGAGCAAGGCAGGAAAAGUAGACAGAUGUUUGAGGCAAUACCCAUGUUCUGGAGAUACCAUCAGAGCUCUAAUGCAAAACAUUGGCCAUGAUGAAAGGAGAUUUUGCUCCUUGGGCUCCUCUGCAGACUUUGGUCCUGGAACUCUAGGCUGAGACUUUACUUGAUGAACCACAUUAUUUCCCUUCUGACCUUCUGAGGGUGUUGGCUUUUUCCUGGUGGCCUGUUAUCGUUCUUCUAGGCCCUGCUGCUAGGAAUUGCAUUAUAUUCACCUUCCCUGAUUUAUUUAAAUUUACAUCAACCCUGAAAUGUGAGCUAGUUCCUUAACCAAAAGAGCUGGACAACCUAUAAUAAAUUUAGGCAGAAAUUGAUAAGUACCAUGAGGCUUAGCAUUACCACAUCUCCAGAAGGAUUUUCUUAGGAAAGGUCUUGUAGAGACAGCUGGCUUCCUGAAUGUAGUCAGGUUUCUUUGCUCUCUCUUAGAUGAUAACAGACACUGUGGUUCCGUUUAGUAAAGGACAGAGGCUUAUUUCUGAUGUUAUAAUUGAACGUAAUCCCACAGAGCCACAUAUGGGACUUCAUUGAGUUUGGAACCUUGAAAAUAGCUACCACGUGAUAUAAAAUGAGAAAUUUCAUGACUGGCAAAAAGAAGAAAGAAAGAAAAGGAAGGAAGUGAAGGAAGGAAGAUCUGAGUAGCAUCUUGAAUGUCUUCUAGGGAAUCCUAUUGUUUAUAUUUUAGAAGCUUAUCACAGCUUUCCUUCAUGAUUUUGAGGUUUAGAGAUGAAACAAAAGGACAAACAUUGCUUGAAGAUGGGUACAAGUAUUUAUGGCCGUUUCUGACAUAGGAUAGAAAAAAACUCUUACUAAGAAGGUAUCUGAGGAGAUGGAGGGAAGGUAAGCCAUCUUUCUACGCAGCGUUAAUUUAUUGACAGUCGGGGAUUUCUCUUACUAGUUUGGUCUUAGUACAGGAAUAAAAGGUGAUCAUCUUUGAUGAUGAGUGCUCCCUGCAUAUUGAUGAGGCAGUCACAUACUUAAGUAAAAGCUCUAAAAAAGCAUAUGCUAAAGAGAAAAGUAGAAAGAGUUAAAUUGGAUGGUGUUUAGUAUCAGUUUCAGGAACAGAUCCCUGUGGCCUGUCACAGGUUCAGUUACACGCCUGGCCUUAUUCACUCCACCUCAUCAUAAGGAAAAGGUGUGAUGGGAGGAGUUUCUCCAUUAAAAGGAAAGUCUUGGCCAUGUCAGCACCAACUCUUCCCUUAGUUUACUAUAAUGGACCAUAUAUUAAACAUAAUUGAACAUAUAUUUUAAAAUAUGGUGUACAAUAUCUCUAGCAGCAUCUGAGAAUUUUUCAGAUUUUCUUCUGGCUCCUAUUUCAGGGAAAACAGUGGCCCCCAUAGUCUCAUAGGUUUGAGAAUGUCUCCGAGCCAUGUGAACCAUAGUUUGGAGACAUAUUAGGGAAAAGGUAGAGGCCACAGAACUGACACCAAGAAAUCAUCAAGCCUCAACGAGACUUUUUGGGAUUUAGAUCAUCACAUGGCUAUUGCCCUUCUAGUCUCUUGCCCGUUGAUAAUCACAUCUGAGACUCUCCACUGAAAAAGCUCCAAGUGAGUGGAUGUACUGAGAAGACUGAAUGCAUCAAUUAAUCUGAAGAGCUCAUCUAUCUGAUGUCCCUUGCAUACAAAGCAAAACUCCACCAUUCAUGAAACAAAAGCCUUAGAUCCAACUUACACUUAACAAAAACAGAAAUGGCGUUGGUCCAAUGCACUUCCUGAAGGAUGAGAACUACCCUAGCUUUUGCAACUGCAGAAUUGCAGUUAUAGCGUCUGGGCAAUUGCUGAUCAAAAAGUUUUGCCUUGUUGGAGAAACAGUGUUGCUUGUUUUGAGACAUAAAAUCCCUGUGUCCUAAAAAAAACUAAAGCUUAUGGAAAAGUAGAUGCAUUUUCUGUCGGGAAGGAUUCUAGUUGACUUUCACCUUCCAAGUCAGGUAGAGUUCUCCUUUGCUGGGAGCAUUUUUUUUUUUUUUUAAAAUACACAGUCAGACAACUGGGGCUAUUCAUAGAGACCUUGUAAAAGUACUCGUGAUUUUCAUGUUCUUGGAGGACAGAGCAGAAAGCUGUUUCUCCUCCAAAAAUAGACUUACCUCCUUUGCACACAGAAACUUAUCUCCUCAGCAUGAAAUUGUUUGAGUUAUUCUUUACCGAGUUGUUAGCCUCUUGCGUACACCAGAGUUGCAGGUCCCAUCCCUGGGUUGGCUGGACUCCCUGAAUUUCUCAUUUUGUUCUUUGCAGGCCUUGAAUCAUUUGUGAAAAAAAUAAUAUAUAUGUAUGUAUUUUUUUUAAUCUUAUCUUUACAGAUGCUAUAUUUACAAUAAUGUAUGUAUUAUAUGACAUAAGACAAAUUUAGAAUAAUGGUUUAAACUUAAAAGGAUUAGAAAAGUACUGAAUUUGGGUUUUUUUAGAAAAAAGAGCUAUGCUUCAUUUAGAAAGACAUGGAGCCUGAACUUCUCCAUCUUGUAAUCAUUUUCUUAAAAGAAAUUUGACUAUGGACCAUGUUCCAUGACAUUAAACAUGUCCUCAUUUUUCUCUUCAUCCUCAUAAAUUUUUAGCCUAGAUUUAGUCUUGGUUACCAAUAACUAUCUUUUUUUAUAGAAUCAUAAGUGCAAUGCAUAGUUGACCUACAAAAACUAUUAAUAUUUUGAAGAUACAUGUUAAAAAUACUACAAAAAAUAGCCAGAUAGAACUUUGAGUUAAGAAACACAAAUCCAGUUUAGGAAGUCUUCUUUCUUAAAUAUUGAAAAUAUUUCUCCUCCAAAGACUGCCUUUGCCCCUGUGAUGUAAAUUUUCCAUCGUGGUUGGCAUAAUAUCUGUAAACAUCUCACUAAAUGCAAAAUGGAGUUUACAUUUAUGUGCAUACUAACGGAAGAGACGUAAACUCUUCUCAUUUGCAUGCUGUUCAAAUGUCACCAACUGAAAGAAAGAAUUUGUUUUCACCCAGCAAUGUACAUCAUUUUCCUCUUGGCAAGGAGGCUGGUGUUAACGUUAGGUUUAGGUUUAACAUUUACACCAGCGAAAAUGUUUAUGAAUAUUAUGGAAAACUUAUUUGAAAAUCUUGAUUUCUUUUCAGCACAUUUACAUAUUGUGUGCUGAUUAAUAAAUGAGGCACCAAUCAUGUGUAAAUCAAUGUAAAUCACUCGUUUAUGUACAUAAUAUAAACUAUGUAAACUUCAUUUUUCAUGCAGUGCCCAACUCUAGCUAAACCUAUGAAUCUAAAAAAGAAAAAUCAAAUCAAAUAAAUAAAAACCAAAGCAUUGCAUAGGUCAGAAUGGGAAAUAUGACAGAAAUUCCAAACCUAAAAGACAGCAGACCCGCAAGAAUGGUUAGGGGUUUACAUCCUGCUCAAGUCACCUCUUCAAUCUCUCAGGACCUCAGUGGAUAUUUGCCCAGCUGAUACUAUCACUGUCUCCCCUGACCCUGAAGGGAGGAAAACACAGAGGAAGAACCCUCAGGUGUUCUUUCUUCUCGAUCACCAUAGGAUGUCUUAUUUAAAUAGCUCUGAGGGAGUUGCUGACACCUUGAUGAGCAAAGCAUUGUUCAGUUUUUAUUUUCCAUUCAACAAAAGGAUUAGGAAAGCUUCCGUGACAUCCUGAUUCUAAGAAAUUGUGCAAUAUCAGAACUAAGUCAUAAAUGAUAAAUAUCUUAGUCACCCUAGAAAAUAAUUGCUUUUACUUUAUCUGGGAGUCCUAUAUUUCUACACAUCUAUCCUGAAUAUUGUAAAUGGGGGACAGAGUAAUUUUAAUUGGGGGCAUCUCUCUCAGGCAUGUUCUCCUGGAGUCUUUUUGAAGUGCCUGAUGUGUUUCACAGAAUGACAUAUAUACCUUUUCUACAAUCUGAGCUACUCAUACAUAAAGAGUCAUCAAAAAUAUGAUUUCAGGAAUCACAUGAAUUUUCUGCAAGAACUGUGGCAGAAAGAAAUUUAGGUCAAAUUAACAUUAGGCUUAUAGUGCAUUCCUCUAUGUAAGAGAAUAAAGAGAAAUGGGACUUUGAAGGAUCCAUGGGUCUGUUCCGUCAACUCCCAGGUGUCUUCCUGAAACGUCUUUCUCAUCAUCUAAGCUAAAACUUGAAAGUGAGGCAGCAGGCAUAUUCGAUUGUGAGUCAGGAAAAUGAGGUUCUAUCCCCGGAUCUGAUGACAAAAAAAGCUGUGCACCACUGGCAAUUCGUUCAAUCUUCCUGAGUCUUGGUUUCUUUCCUCCUGAAAGUGAGGGGCUUGGAGGAUAUCUCUAAAAUUUCUUUCAACUCCUAAUUCUGUUUCUGAAUAAGGUUUCAAUAUUUCGCUCAAUCCUGUGCCCAGCUAUUCAUUCCAAGCAACUGUCGGUCAUCUCUAGUUUGGUUUCUGUACUACCGUCACUUCUCAGAAGCAUCAUUCUACCAUCUCCAUGUCAAAAGCCCAAACUCUAGAAUAUAGGGUCUCUGCACUGGUUCUGUAAUUCUCUUCUGAUCAACACUUCUUAGCAAUGUAGUGAAGGGACAAAUUCAGAUUAUACUGAGGACAUUGAAAUAGCUGGGGUUGUUUCCUUGCUUAUAAUAAAAUCUAACUGUUGAACUAGAUUCUAGUAACCUUGCACAGGAAGGAAAAUAGAUAGGGUAUUACAUAUGUUACAAAUGAGAAAGUUAUGCAUUUGAAAGGAAACAUCAAUUUUUUCUCACCCUGGGCCAAGUGCCUCAUUAUAGUAAACAUGCAUCCUAGGAAACUCAGCUCAGGCGGAUGGCAGUAAGCUUGUGGUCCCAGGCAGGUUCAAAAGGCUGAUCUGUGAGAAAUCAAGACAACAUAUUUUGUUUGAGAAGGAAUUUCUCAUGGGAUGCGUUUCCUGAAACUUGAGUUAUAGGCUAUAAAAAUCAAGCAAAUAGAAAACACACCUCACUUCAAAACGUAUAAGUCAAUACCAUUUAAAGAAGAUAAGCAAAAAAACAGGACAACAAUAAGCACAUUUUAGGAGGCUACAGAGUUGGAAAACUUAAGAGUUGUCAUGAAUGCUAAAAUCAAAUAUGAACGUUACGUUCUCUGAGAAGGGGUAAGCGGAAAGGAUGGCUUCUCAAGCUGUUAAUGAGGAAUUAUGUUCUUGUGCCAUGUUCUGGAUGGACUGAGCACUGCCCACUUGCUACACGCCGUCCUAGAGGUUCAGCUUAGCAUCUCUCCAAAGCUAUCUUUUCCCUUAUCACCUGAAAGAACAGAAGGAAUCUGAGUCUCCGGGACACUGAAGAGCAGGGUUUAUUCAUAACGUCUUAGCAUUAGCAUCACUUUGUGUAGAUAAAGAUAUACAAUGUGCUUACAGUACUUACGAAGCUCUCUUCCCGUGGGGGAAUGGCCAGCCUGUGGGACAGCUCCCUAUUUCCCUGGUUAUUUCAGAGGUACCUCUUUGUGGGUAGUGCUCCUGGAUCUGCUCCUCACAGCUACCUUCUUCCCCACUAAAUCCCUCUCCAGCUAAAGCCAGGCACAGUCAAAAUCUACUCGUAGCAAGUGAUGAGAACACAGGAAACAACUAGCUUCAUGGCGCAUAGCAGCAGCCCUCAGCUAUCAAGAGCCUUUUUUUGAACCCACUUCCCUAAAUCUUUGCUCUUCACCAGAGAAUGUAAAUGGCUCAUCCUGGUGAACAGUGGCCAUGUUCUGCUCCCUAAGUAUUUACUGAGAGGAGGGAGGGUAAAGGGAGGAAUUACAGGGACAGAGAAGCCCAGGAGAACACCUCCAACUUUUUCCUGCCCCUACCGCUUCACCCCUUCCUUCUCACUGCUCUCCUGAAGGGUGUAUAAAUCCUGCUCUUGCUGAGAAUUCUCCUUAUUAACAGUGUUAUAUACAUAUAAAUAUAUAUAUAAAUAUAUUCCCCUUUUCAGCCCCAUAGACAUGAACUGAUCUUCCCUUGAUGAUACAAACACAUGGCCAAUUUUUGUUGUUUUUUUUUUGGUUGUUCAAAGUUUUUUAUUUUUGUUUAUUGGGUGGAUUUUUUUUCCCCUGGGUACUAGCUCUGUGAAGGAAAAUAAAAAGCGCAGUGUGUGUAAAAAAAAAGAAAUUUAAAAAAAAAAAAGCUUUUUUUCUUUUCUUUUAAAAUGUAUUUAAAUUCUGUUUCUCUCUUCUGUUACUUGACACGUAUGAAUGCUCUGCUCUUCUGUGAUCUUAAAGCAAAAUGAAAUAAAUGUGAAAAGGAGAUGUGUCUUCCUUGACCUGU